CAGACAAGGGAAACAGCAACCAGCAAUGAUGGAGUUAUAUCAGAAGGAGUCUGUGCGGUGGAUGAGAAGACACAGCCAGAGUCUCCUUCAGGAUCUCUUCUACAUGGGUGUUCAAGCUGGGGACAGAGACACACCUAUACCAGCACAAUCUGGAACUGCUAAUAAGACUGUAGCUGCCAGCAUCAUCAGUGGGAAGAGCAAGCUUCUUCUGCUGGAAAGCCCUGACACUGUGGAAAUCUACAGUCUUAAUAAACCAGUGGCGCAUCCAGGGGUAGGAGGGACGGGACAUGUCUACCUCCCUGCCAUCACAGCCAAGGCCUCCAGUCUGGCUUCAGUCAGAGGCUCUCUGAGCGCUUCCUGCCCUUAUCUGUACAGCGAACGCAGAGGAUCCUUCUCUUCCAUAGGCUCACAGAGAACUGCAGACUAUUACAAGAACAAACAGAUCACAUCUCACCUUCGUCCGCUGUACCAGAGUAACCUAAAGGCAUUGAAGGAGGCCAAGCGAUCCAAUGUCACCGUGACGAUGACCUACCUGGGGUCUGCACGGUCACAGCAGGACGAGCUGAAAGUGCUCCAGCAGAUCUGUGGAGGAGAGAACAUCUGUGUCUUCAAGGGCUUGGUACAACCAGGAGAGCAGUUCCAGUGGGUCUCCCAGAGGCACCGGGGUUACCCCUUUAGCGGCACCAUGUAUGUGAACAGCCUCAUUGCUGCUAGGAUCAGCUCCUGCUGUGAGUACCGCUAUGCCCUGGGCUUCCAGCAGGGCAAGAAGAGCUGCUUCAGACUCACCUGGCUGGCUGGAGGGAUGCCCUGCUAUAGAUGUACAAGUUUCCGAAACAAAUACAGCUCCUACCAGCAGCUGAACAAUGGCACACACGAGAACCUCAGUCUGCCUCCAGCCCAAAACCCUGGCAAUGGUAUAAAGCACGGAAAUGAAGGGCUGUCUCAAAGUCAUCAACUUUCCUACUCAUUCAUCAACAAUUCCUGUUUUUAAUGUUCUGCGUGGUCCUCAUUUCAGAAACAAACCCGCUGCCUCUCAGAAGUCUCUGUUUGAGCAUGCUGUCGGCUAUUUAAGAAACAAAGCACAGCAAACAUUUUGAAAGUUAUUUAUUCAA